GCCCGGCGGACGCCGGGAGGGCGCCCCGGGCGCGGACGCGGCGGGCGCGGACGCCGCGCGGAGGCAGCUCGAGAGCGCCCAGGGCUCGCUCCGGAGCGCGCUGUGCAUGCAGCAGCCGGUGGGCACUGCGGUGGAGGAGGCGCUCAGGGCCGUGGGCGCCAUACCGCCCGCGGGCCCGCCGCCCUCGGAGGCCCAGGGCCCGAGCGCCCUGCUCGCGGGGUCCGCCGUGCCGAAAGAGGCGGACGAGACCUUCCUCGAUACCACCCUGCCGAGGGGGGCAGCCGACGCCAAGGCCGACGAGGCCAUGCUGGACACCGCGCUGCAGAGGCAGGCGGAGGUCACCGACCUCCUCCACGCCCCGCAGGGGGCCCGACAGGACCGGCG